AUGGUUGGACAGUUCGGCAGGGACCCUCUUGGGGCCCUUCUGAACCAGGAAAACGCAGUACCUGUUCGGAGGCUCAGUGGUGUGAACACCAAGAGCCCUCUUGUGGCCAGCAUGCCGGAUGAGAAGAAGCCGAUCCCUACAGACGAGGACGAUGAUGAAGAUGCCCAAGAGGAGAACAUGGACGCUCUCAUUGACGAUCUCCAGACAGUGGAUGGUGACGUUGACGUGGAUGAUGAUACAGCCAUUGACACAGGUGCCAUUACUCGUCGUAUUUCCGAUGACAUGCUACAGACAGACCCAGAAAAAGGUCUCAGCGAAAUCGAGGCUCAGCAUCGACGGAGAAAGUACGGCCCCAAUCGGAUGAAGGAAGAAAAGGAAAACCUUCUGCUCAAAUUUUUGUCCUUCUUCGUUGGACCUGUUCAAUUUGUAAUGGAGGGUGCUGCAGUCUUGGCCGCCGGGCUUCGAGAUUGGGUGGAUUUCGGUGUCAUAUGUGCGCUUCUUUUGCUCAACGCAUCUGUGGGCUUUAUUCAGGAAUUUCAGGCGGGGUCCAUUGUCGAUGAGCUCAAGAAAACACUCGCUCUCAAAGCAAUUGUCUGCCGCGAAGGAGAGUUCAAUGAAAUUGACGCCUCGGAGAUCGUGCCUGGAGAUAUAGUCAGGAUCGAGGAGGGCACAAUUGUACCAGCCGACGGCCGGAUAGUGUCGUCCAACCUUAUUCAGGUGGACCAAUCUUCGAUCACUGGUGAAUCUCUGGCAAUUGACAAACACAAAGGAGAUUUCUGUUACGCAUCGUCUGCCGUCAAGCGUGGUCGAGCAAUAAUUGUCGUUACCGCCACUGGUGAUUAUACUUUCGUCGGACAGGCUGCCGCAUUGGUUAAUGCUGCAUCCUCUGGAUCAGGUCACUUCACCGAAGUCCUCAAUGGUAUCGGCGCUGUUCUUCUCGUCCUGGUCAUCAUAACCUUGCUUGUUGUGUGGGUUUCGUCCUUCUACCGCUCAAAUGGCAUCAUUACGAUACUCGAGUUCACCUUGGCCAUUACGAUUAUCGGUGUACCUGUCGGUCUCCCUGCCGUUGUCACAACUACCAUGGCGGUAGGUGCUGCGUACUUAGCCAAGAAACAGGCCAUUGUGCAAAGAUUAUCGGCGAUUGAGUCUUUGGCUGGUGUCGAGAUCCUCUGCUCUGACAAGACCGGCACACUGACAAAAAAUAAGCUAUCAUUGUCGGAGCCGUACACUGUUGCGGGGGUUGAACCGGACGAUCUCAUGUUGACUGCUUGCUUGGCCGCCUCGAGGAAGAAGAAGGGCAUGGAUGCCAUUGACAAAGCAUUUUUCAAAGCACUUCGACAUUAUCCGCGUGCAAAAGCUGCGCUUACGCAAUACAAGGUGCUGGAAUUCCAUCCAUUUGACCCUGUCUCAAAGAAAGUCACGGCCGUAGUGCAGUCGCCCCAAGGUCGUCGAAUGACGUGUGUCAAAGGCGCGCCUCUGUUCGUUCUCAAGACCGUCGAGGAGGACCAUCCUAUUCCAGAAGAGAUUGAUACUGCAUACAAGAACAAAGUCGCUGAAUUUGCAACUCGCGGUUUCCGUUCGCUUGGAGUUGCUCGCAGACGCGAUCAGGGCAGUUGGGAGAUCCUCGGUAUCAUGCCAUGUUCCGACCCGCCAAGGCACGACACAGCGAAAACCAUCAGUGAGGCGAAGAGCCUGGGGCUCUCGAUUAAAAUGCUAACCGGUGACGCGGUGGGAAUUGCUCGAGAGACGUCGCGUCAACUUGGGCUCGGCACCAAUGUGUAUAAUGCGGAGCGACUCGGUCUUGGAGGUGGAGGAACAAUGCCUGGAUCAGAGGUGUAUGACUUUGUCGAAGCUGCCGACGGCUUUGCCGAGGUCUUCCCGCAGCACAAAUACAAUGUUGUGGAGAUUCUACAGCAACGUGGAUACCUUGUGGCAAUGACGGGUGACGGCGUCAACGAUGCCCCUUCGCUCAAGAAAGCUGACACUGGUAUUGCCGUUGAAGGAUCCUCUGAUGCGGCGCGCUCUGCUGCUGAUAUUGUCUUCCUUGCUCCCGGCCUGUCUGCCAUAAUUGAUGCAUUGAAGACUUCACGUCAGAUAUUUCACCGCAUGUAUGCAUAUGUGGUGUAUCGGAUAGCCUUGUCGUUGCACCUCGAGAUUUUUCUGGGCUUGUGGAUUGCAAUCUUGAAUGAAAGUCUCAACCUACAGCUCGUUGUUUUCAUCGCCAUCUUUGCUGAUAUUGCCACACUUGCCAUUGCCUACGAUAACGCUCCGUACUCCAAGACCCCUGUGAAGUGGAACCUCCCCAAGCUAUGGGGCAUGUCUAUUCUUCUUGGUCUUGUACUUGCCGCAGGAACGUGGGUUGCGCUUACCACUAUCAUGAACAGUAACGAAGGUGGCAUCAUCCAGAAUUUCGGAGAACGCGACGAGGUUCUAUUCCUUGAGAUAUCACUGACUGAGAAUUGGCUCAUUUUCAUCACCCGCGCGAACGGGCCGUUCUGGUCGUCAGUUCCUUCUUGGCAAUUGACAGGCGCCAUUCUAGUUGUCGAUCUCGUGGCUACAUUUUUCUGCAUAUUCGGUUGGUUUGUCGGUGGCCAAACCUCGAUUGUUGCUGUUGUCCGUAUUUGGGUCUUCUCGUUUGGUGUUUUCUGCAUCAUGGGUGGUCUUUAUUACCUGCUGCAGGGCUCGACGGGCUUUGACAAUCUCAUGAAUGGUAAAAGCUUUAGCAGAAGCGUGAAACAGAGAUCUCUCGAGGACUUCGUGGUCUCGCUUCAAAGGGUCUCAACACAGCAUGAGAAGAACAACCCUUGA